GUAUCUGCUCAAGAAGAUGGAUCCUGGCGUACAUCAGCUUCUUUGGAAUGUUCUUCCUGUACGCGACACGAGUCAACAUGAGUGUUGCUAUCAUCUGUAUGGUCAGAUCAGGAAAUGGGAGUCUGUCGUUGAAUCAAACACGGCUUGGGGACGACGUGUCAUGGCCGAAUCAAGCACUUCCGGAGAACCAUAUUGAAGACGACACAUGCGCAAGGCAGGACACAUCAAUUUCUAGAACAGCCACGAGAGAAGAAUUUGACUGGGACAAACCCACCCGAUCACGGGUCCUGGCUAUGUAUUUUUACGGGUAUAUCAUCAUGCAAAUUCCCGGAGGGUGGCUGGCUGGGCGAUACGGAGGCAGGAGGGUUUGGGGGCUUGCCUUCUUCCUACUUGGGUUGUUCACAAUCUUAACCCCUGUUGCAGCGAGGACCAGCCUGGCCCUCGUGUAUGUGCUUCGCUUCCUGGUUGGGCUGGCGGCGGGGGUCACCUUCCCCAACAUGCAGUCAAUGUGGGGCCGCUGGGCCCCUCCUCUGGAGAGAAGCAAGUUGAUAACAUUCUGCAUGGCAGGGCCUGCGAUGGGAACGAUAGCCGGUUUUGCUCUAUCGGGAUACCUGUGUGCAUAUGGAUUUGACAACGGAUGGGGCUCAAUAUUUUACGUGUUUGGUGCUGGAACCCUCGUGUGGGUUGUCUUGUGGUUUCUGUUGACGGCAGACUCUCCGAGAGACAGUUCACGUAUAUCAAACGCCGAGCUGGAAUACAUUGAAACAGAGAUCGGUUACAAAACAAACGUGCAGAACACAUCCACACCCUGGCGUGCCAUAUUUACUUCCGCCCCUGUUUGGGCAAUUGUUGUGACGCACGUAUGCCACAACUGGUCCAACUACACACUGUUAACGGGACUGCCAACAUUUAUGAAGGAAGUGCUCAACUUUGACAUUAAACAGAAUGGAAGUCUGUCGGCUGUACCCUACCUGUGCGCUGCCGUCACCAGCAUUAUAGCAGGCCACGUAGCAGAUAGCCUGCGGUCAAGAGUAGGUCUGGCUACAGUUACAGUGAGAAAGAUCAUGGUUGUGGUGGCAUUUUCGACUAUCGGAUCCUUCCUUAUUGGUGCCAGCUUCGUGACGUGUGAGUUCCGCCAUAUCGCCGUCGUGCUGUUGUGCUUUGCUGUCGGUGGUACCGGAGUCACCCGAGCUGGGUUUCCAGUUAACCAUGUUGACAUCGCUCCCAGACACGCAGGUGUAUUGUAUGGCAUAACGAACACUGUGGCUACAGUCCCUGGAAUGGUUGCUCCGCUCGUGGCAGGGACGUUAACUCCAAAUAAAACGGCAGAAGAAUGGCAGAAUGUCUUCUACGUCUGUGCAGCAUUUUCUGUCAUGGGUUCCAUCAUGUUUCUAGCGUUUGCUAAGGGGGAGGUCCAGUCUUGGGCGAGAGAGGCCGGAGACAGGACGGCGGGAGAGCACUCCAGCACCUACCGCGUCAUCUACUCCCCUAAAUCACAACCAUGAUAUACAGAUAUUAUUAUGAAGUAUUCAGAUAACAAGUUUAGUAUAAUAAACAUUUGCCUCAUU